AUGACUAGUUUAGAUGUCAUUCUCAGGAUGGAUUGGUUAGCUUCAUUUUAUGCUACGAUCGACUGUUAUAGAGGAAGAGUUACAGUUUGCACUCCUGAGGGAGAUUGUUUCUUUUUCAUGGGAGAUCGGAGUGAUUCCCAGCCUUCAUCAGUGUAUAGAAUUCGUGAACGAAGUCGUGGAGAUUAUUUCUUGGCUAGUCUUCUAGCCGAAGAAGAUAAUGUUGUGGGAGAAGGCUAUCCGGAGGUAGUUCAUGAUUUUCUUGAUAUGUUCCCAGAGGAUUUGAUAGAGUUGCCUCCACACCGAGAAGUGGAGUUCACUAUUGACUUGAUGCCCGGUGAAGGUCGAGCAUCAGAGAUCGGCAGGUCUUCCAAGGUCACGGAGAGGCAGCGAGGCCGUAUGGGUCAUUAUUGA